UUCACGUUUUGUAAGUUGUAACAGUCACAACUAAACUAAUAAAAAGAAAACAUCUGGCUUGUCAUGUCGAGAAUUCUCCGACGACAUAUCGCCGCUGGUAUUUUCCGGCGGGAUCAUGGAUCAUUGAUCGGAAAGAAAUCAUUUAGCAGCGGCACAACUGAUGGUGCUUUGGUGGAAGUGAAUCCCGGCGAGGUUGGGAUCAUCUCCGGCAUCCCUCAGCAACAGCUUCGUCGUAGGGUCUUGAUUUAUUCGCCUGCGCGCACUGCAUCUCAACAAGGAUCUGGAAAAGUCGGGAAGUGGAAAAUCAACUUUCUAUCAACACAGAAGUGGGAAAAUCCAUUAAUGGGAUGGACAUCGACAGGAGACCCAUAUGCUAAUGUUGGUGAUGCAGGACUCAGUUUUAAUAGUGCAGAGGCAGCAAAGGCAUUUGCUGAGAAACAUGGCUGGGAAUAUGAGGUCAAGAAGCAUCACACUCCUAUUCUCAAGGCUAAAUCAUAUGCAGACAAUUUCAAAUGGAAAGGGCCACCAAAGACUGAAGAAAGUUAAGUUUCCAAAACAUGCAAAUCAAAUUACUCACCAUUUCUGGUUUCUUGUAACCCUAAAAGCACACUUGUUUUAUUAAUGGAAAAACUUGAAAAACACUGCCUUUGAUAGGCAUACAUCUAAAUAAAAAACAUAAAGUUCCUAA